AUGGGCCUGUGGGCCGGGUGGCCGUCGUGGGCGCUGACGAAGCGGCCGGAAGCCGACACGCCGGCCGAGUGGCUGAGCCGGGACGACCACUCGUGGGCCGUGGCGUCGUUCGAUCUGGCCAACCUGGUGAGCGCGUGGCCGGCCAGUCUGCUCGCCGAACGCGCCGGCCGGAAGGGGUGUCUGCUGACCGUCGGCGCGGGCCUGGUCGCGUCGUUCGCGGUGCUGUACGCGCCGAGCCGCUGGGCCGUGUUCGCGGGCCGGUCGCUGGCCGGCGUCUGCAAGUCUGUGGCGUACGCCUCGGUGCCGGGCUUCAUGGCCGAAAUAUCGGCGGACCGGGCGCGCGGUCGGUUCAACUUGGUCGUGGUGCUGUCCGACUCGCUGGGCAUGCUCGUCGCCCUGUCCGUGGGCCCGCGGGUCAGGUACGCCGUCAUGAACGGGCUGUCGCUGGUCGUCGGGCUGGCGUUCCUGGCGGCCGUCGUCCGCGUGCCCGAGACGCCGCACUACCUGCUGUCCAAGAGCCGGUUGGACGACGCGAGGUCGGCGCUCCGCUGGUACCGGCCACGUUCGACGACCGUCGACAACAACCGCCGCCUCAACCAGAUAACGUUGGCCGUGCGGGACGACAUGCGCGAGCCCGGCACGUACCGCGAGCUGUUCGCCGACGACGGCAACCGGGUCGCGGUGCUGCUGGUGGCCGGCGCGUGUUUCGCGCAGCGCGCCGGCGGCGUCGGCUGCGUGCUGGCCUACUCGACCACCACGAUGCCGGCCAACGGUCCGGUCCAUCCCGGCGACGUGGCCGUCGUGUUCGCCGUCGUCCGGCUGGCGUGCUCCGUGGCCGCGGUGCCGCUCAUCGACGUCUACGGCCGCCGGCCGCUGCUGGUCGGCUCGCACCUGGCGCUGGCCGCCGUGACGGCCGCGUACGCGCUCUGCCUGCUGUACGUCGACGACCGGCCCGACAACUGGGGCCCGUCCGUGUGCGUCAUCCUGUUCUCGGUGGCCUACUCGAUGGGCGCCGGUAUCGUGCCCGGCGCGCUGGUCGGCGAGAUGUUCCCGGCCAACGUCAAGUCGCGCGCCGUCACCGUGGUGGCCAUCGUCUCGUCGCUGGGCUCGUUCGUCAUCAACAAAGCGUACCUGCCCAUCAGCGACGCGUUCGGCGUGUACGUCAUGUUCUUCGUGUUCUGCGCAGUCAACGGCACGUGGACCGUCCUCGCGUACCAGUUCCUGUUCGAGACCAAAGGCAUGUCGCUGUCCGCCAUCCAAGACCACCUGGACGACUACAACUCUUCGUCGUCCGAAGACGAAGACGGCAACAAACUGCCAUUGGGUUAGGUUUGGUUUGGUUUCUUUUUUACCUUACCUUAGGUGACGCGUCUCGUCCGUCGCGAGUUAUAUUUUUUAUUUUUUUCCCUCGUUCGCGCCAAACAUCACGCAUCAGUCGUAAACCCACAUCACCCAUCACCCUUGCCGCAGUCGUUGUCUGUGAAAAUCUCGCGUUACAUCGGGUACAUAGCUUUUGCGUAAGUUUUGUUUACCUAAUUUAACUCGAUCUAUCGCUCAAAACUGUCUCGACAAAGUCUGAAAAAACUAUUUAUAUAGCCAAAAUGUUUCUUUAUAUUUUUUAAAUACUCGUACCUAUUCGACCCAUAUAUUAUAUCGAAUAUAAUCGCAACCUAUAUAUUGUAAUUCAAUGAAUUUUGCUCAAAAAAAAUUGUAUAGGUUUGAUAUUGACCGUCCUGUAAAUAAUAUAAUCUAAAUCAAAUGACACAAUGAGCUAAUUUAAAAUACAUAAUUUAAUUCGUAAUUCAAUAAAUAUCUUUUGCGGUUAUUCUUUUGAAAAUAAUAUACUCUAGAACGAGCGUAUUUAUA